AUGAAUAACGAUGGUAAUAAUAUCAAGAAUGAGAAUAAUCAUACAUCACCAAGAUAUUAUGAUAUAAAAAUUGGUGAAAAGAGUUUUUUCCUUUCCUCAGAAUCCUUAAACAAUGAUGCACCAAAUUUCUUUACUGCAGCAUUUUUCGGUUAUUUUCAAGAAUCAAACACUUCAAAAAUUUUUAUUGAACGUGACCCAACCUAUUUUGAUAUGAUUGUGAGGUAUUUACGUGGUUAUGAAGUGGAUUGGCCAUUUCAUGAUAAGACUGAAAUGAAAAAUUUAUUAGCAGAUGUUAGAUUUUACGGGUUUGGAAAUUUACAAAUAAUUUUGGAAGAGGUGUUCGAACAAAAUUUUCCCAAGGUCGUUAUACCUUGGAAAAUUAUAACUUACGCUCCUGAGAAUGAACCAGUCUUGGCAAUAAAUAUUAAAGAUAUUGAGUUGAGAAGAUGGGAUGGAAAAAAUUUGAUUUAUGAUACGAAUCCAAUAUUAAAGAAGAAAAUUAAUACCAGUGAAAACACAUUAACUGAUAAUAAUGUAACAGACAAUAACAAUAAUGUCAAUGUUGAUGACAAUAACACGGAUAGUGAAGAUGAUAAUAGCACGGAUAGUGAAGAUGAUAAUAAUGUUAAUCAUCAAGUAAUUCAAAUAGAAUCAAAUGUCGAGAGAGGCCUUUACAAAUUGGAGAUACAUGGUAAGGAUGCAUUUGCCACAGUCACUUCAAAAUGGAGUAAUGGAAUAAAAUUUGAAAAUUUUGCAUUCAAAAACGCCGACGAAGAACGAACCUUUAAAGUUUUAACUGAAUCUUUUAGAAUAAAUAAUAAUAACACUCAUAGUACUCAUAACAAUACCAACUCUAAUGAUAACGCUCAUAUUGAUGACGUUAGUUCAUUAACUUUAUCGCCAUCGCUUAAAUUACCGUUUUUAAAAGAUUCUUGCAUCGAAAUUGAUAAUCAAAAAUAUCAUAGUUAUAACGAUUUAUCUGCUUAUUUUGGAACAACUAAAGGCAAACCAUUAUAUUUCGAAGAGUUGGUUAUUAGAAUUGACAGACGUGUGUAUUUAAUGAGGGCAAAAGCCUGGACUGCUCCUUCCUAUUACGCUUCUCGACCUUUCAUUCAACCUGUAAACCAUAAACAAAAUUCAUAUUAA